CGCGCACCUGGCAGGUCUCGCGCCCAGGGCGGAAGAGGCACUCGGGCUGGAAGGCUCCUCGCGCAACUCGUUGUGCCCGGGACGACCAGCAUGUGAGGCACGCGCUCCGCUUGCCCCGAGAGGAGAGAGAGAGAGAGAGAGAGCGCGGGUCCCGCCGCCAUGGGGCUGCCUCUGCUGCUGGGGCUGCUGCUCGCCCGAGCUGGAGGCCUUGUUUUGUCCCUUGAACAGCCACACAACUGCAUCACUGCUGAGAACCUUUGCAUGACCGACCCUUCCUGCAAUGCCACCUAUCUCACCUUCCAGCAGUGUUCCCAGUCCCUUGCUAAGAGCAGCUAUGAAGCCAAGGACAAGUGCCUAGAGGCAAAAACCUUUAUUAGGAAUAGUUAUUUUCAGGAAUGCAAGUGUCCUCGGCGUACACGGAAAAAGGAGGAGCGCUGCCUGCGUAUCUACUGGACUAUUCAUCCUACUUUACCACAAGCUGACUUUCAUUUGGAGGUGUCUCCCUAUGAGGCUGCAGCAAGUGAAGAGUCUUCAAAGACCAAGUACAACAAGCUGGCAACCCAGGCCUCAGGUUCUCGUGUAUUUGGGGACAGCACAAACAUUUGCCUGGAAGCUGCUAAUGUUUGCCAACUGGACCACAAGUGUGUGCGCCAACGCACACACUAUGCACGGAUCUGUAGUGUAGAGGACCACCCUUGUGACCAGAGGAAAUGCCACCGAGGCCUGAGACAUUUCUUUGAGAGGGUUAGCAUGGAAAUCACCAAGCCACUGCUCUUCUGCCCAUGUCAAGAUGAUGUUUGUGGGAAGCGACGCUGGAACACCAUUGUUCCCGAGUGCUCUUUCCAGAGCAACAGCAAGCCAAACUGCCUCCUCCUGCUGGACUCCUGCCUCAAGAACCAUAUCUGCAAAUCUCGGCUGGUUGACUUCCAAGAACAAUGCAAGUCUUUAGACACAUCUUCAGAUGGCUGUUUCCGCCGCAACAAUCACGCUGCAUGCCUGGAGGCUUACAUGGGGAUGAUUGGUACACCCAUGACCCCCAAUUACAUCAACAAUUCCACGGCUGAUGUCACUCUCUGGUGCUCCUGCGAGAACAGUGGCAAUCAGAAGGAGGACUGUGAUCAAAUCCUUGAAUCCUUUGCUGACAACAGAUGUCUAAAAAGUGCAAUCCAGUCCCAGAUGGGUCUAAACCAGGUGAAUACAGACAUUGAGGACCAAUCGCAGUUCACACCCUCCCUAAACAUCCAGGGAGAUGGCACCAGCACAGUUUUCACCUCACAAAUGUAUCAGGGAUCAGAGGAAAAGAAGUUCCCAGUUCUUAAGGAUAACCAAUCCGAUUUGACUGGUUCUUCCAGAGAUUGUCGUUCUUCACUUAUUUUGACCUCAACACUGCUCCUUCUAUUACUUGGUCCAUCUUAGUUUAACAUAAUAUGAUGCUUUUUUCAUGUGUCGUCAUGGCAAGGGAAACUGGGCUCUUUCAUGCCAAAGAGGAUGGACCCCUGUCUGGAAGCCUCCUUUCAAUGGGCAGCCUUCAGCCAGAACUCUGACCUUUUCACUCGCUCUUCUAUUCAUCCUGGGAUUGAGGCUGGUUCCAGGGCCUGUGAUGAGAAAGAGGAGAAGAAGUAGGCGGGUGGAAGAUUUUGAAGACCUACUUUUUCAAAACUGACUUCGAAAUAAUCAUGCUUCAAAUGUAUUCCCAAGGAGUCUUGAGAAAGGAGAAUCUAGCAAAUUUUGCCCUAUUUCUGACUCUGGGAUUGCAGCAAUAUCUAUAUUGUUGCCCUUUGUUCUGGGUUUGGUGAUUAUGUUGAAUACAUGUCCGUUUUUUUAAAAAAAAACAUACAAAACAAAACUGUCCUAUGAUGCUGAACUGUAGUCUCUGCAACUGAUCCCUUUCUGCUGAAAUUGUCUUCAUCUUUUACUACUCACGAAAAACUUAAUGCAUCCAGGUUAGUUGGUUAAAUAACAUCAAUCCUCCUUUUCCAUUAUUGUAUGAACCGUCCAAGGCCGCUGUGGAAAUUGUCAUUUGGGCUUACAGCAAGAUUUUAAAAUCAAAAUUCCUUGGCUUCAACAAACUUUGUAUCAGAGGAAAGACAUUUUCCAGUCUGGACUGAUCUAGCAUAUACGUAAUCCUCUGUCUUUCUGUACAGUCUGUGGUACUGGACUUCUUAUCUGUGAUCUACUUGUUCUGGAUGUAAACAUUUGUGUGGCAUUAACUGCUGUUCUUCUCUGCUACAGUUAGUGGUAUAUUAAUUCUGAAGAUAUAUUAAAAACUAUUACAUGUGACCACUACUUGGUGGCUGGCUUAGGCUUGACUACUUUUUGGAAGUAGUAGCAAGCCAGUCCAGCCACUCGUCUGUGUAGUCAUUUGACAGCUGUGAAAGAUAGCCAUCCAUGUGUUUUGUUUCUUCAUGUUCCCUAGAAAAUGUGGUGUUGUUGUUGUCACAAGAGCUGAUUGUAAUACCUGCAAGGUAUCAAGGUGUCUCACAGGAGUGGGGAGCCUGUGCUCCUGCAGUCAUUAUUCAAUGAUAACUCCCAUCAGCCAUUACCCACACGAUGAGAGCCAUAGUUUCUCUGUUCUUGCUGGAUCAAAUAAUAAGGCUUCUGUGAUAAUACUUUUGCAAAUUAGUGUGCUUUACAUUUUUCUUGUCUGAAUAUUGAUCUCGAUCUUGCUCAGUGAAGGGUCAUGUAAUUGUUCAUCAGUAUAGAUACCUUAUUUCUAUAUGCAUUUACUGUAGACUCAGGGUAGGAUAGUGAAGUAUAAUUUGCACAGACCUGCCAACUCAGUCUUCAAUAGUUACUGUGUUUUUUCAUUAUUCCACAUCCUCUAAAAAGGUGGUUACGAAAGGAUUGAUUUCCAAACUUGUACACCUGUUAUACUUGUACAACUUGGAAGCAUGGCUUCUUAAAGCCUGCAAAAAGCAAGGAAUAUUACACAUUAAUAGUUUUUUCCCCCCCAAACAAUUGACUUUUGCCAUAUAAACCAACACAAGAUAGGGAUUGACCCAAGCAUUUGAAGAACUCUGUGGGACAGGACUAAAACCCAUGUGUACUGAGCGGGUUUUUUUUUUUUGGGAAGUUGAAAUUGUUUUCACCUUUCUAGGGCUGGUAAAUCCUGAGCUGAAAAACCAUGGUAAAAUGUAUCGUCGAAGGCUUUCAUGGCUGGAAUCACUAGGUUCUUGUGGGUUUUUUCGGGCUAUAGGGCCAUGU